GCGCAAAAGCGCGCUCGUUAAGUUCAGAUUUGUGUAGUCUUCCUUUCGUCAGUUCCUCUAUAAUCUUACUAAGAACAACCCAAAGCACCAAAGUCCCUAGCUUUUUCAGACUUAAAUAAGUUUUGUACAAAUCCAAGAUUCACUAUGCCGGGAGAGAAAGCCGUUCUCAGAUACAUCAAGCUCACCGAAAAGGCCUUUGCUCCGGUUAUCGGGUCUCAGAAAGCGGCCGGCUUCGAUCUGAGAAGCGCGUAUGACUACGUGAUUCCGGCGAGGGGCAAGGGGUUGGUCAAGACGGAUCUGCAGAUCGACCUACCUGAGGGCUGCUACGGCAGAAUCGCCCCACGAUCAGGGUUGGCCUGGAAAAAUCACAUAGACGUCGGAGCUGGAGUCAUCGAUGCUGAUUAUAGAGGGAAUGUUGGUGUCGUUCUGUUCAACCAUGGUUCUGAAGAUUUCCAUGUUAAGGAAGGCGAUAGGAUUGCACAACUGAUCUGUGAAAAAAUUUUCUACCCUUCACUUCAAGAAGUGGAGGAGAUUAAAGAAACUGAAAGAGGCACUGGUGGAUUUGGGUCGACAGGUGUAAACUAGUUUAUUUAAGAAUCUUUAACCUUUGUGAUUGCAUUUUUUAUUGAUUGUUAUUAUCAUCCUCUAAUAUUUGUACAUUGAUGUAUUGUUCUUUGAUAUAAAUACAAAAUGGUUUUUGAUUAGUGUUAA